CGACGCCUCUCGCCUCUCUCGGCAGCUGUGUAGUAGUAUUCCGCCUGCCGCGCAUUUUGUGUCAAGGUGCCACCGGGAGAGGGGCGACAGGCUGCUGCGCGUCAAAGGAUACCAGUCACCAUCCUCACGGUUCAAACGACACCCCGCCGCGGGCAAUGCCGUUAGGAGACUAAAGUGGGAGUACAUGAACAAAACACAACAAUGACGGUAGACUUUGAAGAAUGUAUAAAGGAUUCACCCAGAUUCAGGGCUGGAAUCGACGAUGUGGAGACAGAUGUGGUGGAAAUUGAGGCAAAGCUUGACAAGUUGGUGAAGCUGUGCAGUGGGAUGAUAGAGGCUGGCAGGACCUACGUCAGCGCCAACAGGCUCUUUGUAAAUGGCAUCAAAGACUUGUCCCAUCAGUGCAAGAAAGAGGAGAUGAUAUCGGAAUGCCUUGAAAAGUGUGGCGAGAGCCUUCAGGAGAUUGUCAACUACCAAACGAUUUUGUUUGACCAGGCUCAGAGGUCGAUCAAACAGCAGCUUCACACGUUCAUUAAAGAGGAUGUACGUAAGUUCAAGGACACCAAGAAGCAGUUCGACCGAGUGCGUGAGGACAUGGAGCUGGCUCAGGUGAAGAACGCACAAGCACCCAGGAACAAGGUGCACGAGGCAGAGGAGGCUGCGCAGGCCCUCAUCCUGAGCCGCAAAGCCUUCAGGCAUCUGGCCUUGGACUACGUGCUGCAGAUUAACGUCCUGCAGGCCAAGAAGAAGUUUGAAAUCCUCGAUGCGAUGCUCUCCUUCAUGCGAGCCCAGUAUACUUUAUUUCAGCAAGGCUUUCACAUCUUAGAUGAGAUUGACCCUUAUAUGAAAAAACUGGCUGAACAGCUGGACCAGCUGGUCAUUGACUCUGCCAUGGAGAAGAGGGAGAUGGAGCACAAACAUGCUCUCAUCCAGCAAAGAACUCUGAUGCAGGACUUUUCUUAUGAUGACCCCAAGCUGGAGUUCAAUGUGGAUGCUCCUAACGGUGUUGUCAUGGAGGGUUAUCUGUUCAAGAGAGCCAGCAAUGCUUUCAAGACCUGGAACAGGCGGUGGUUUUCAAUCCAAAACAGCCAGCUGGUUUACCAAAAAAAGCUCAAGGACUCUUUGACAGUUGUUGUUGAAGAUCUGAGGCUGUGCUCAGUCAAACUGUGUGAGGAUAAUGAGAGGAGAUUCUGCUUUGAAGUGGUUUCACCCACUAAGAGCUGCAUGCUGCAGGCCGAGUCUGAGAAACUUCGACAGGCUUGGAUCCAGGCGGUCCAGGCAAGCAUCGCUUCUGCUUAUAAAGACAUCAGUGACAACUAUUACAUUGAGCGUUUGGAUCGGACAGCGUCUCCCUCCACCAGCAGCAUCGACUCUGCCAGCGAGCCCAGGGAGAGGGGGGAGAGGGCUGACAAGGUGUUUCGGGGAGGGGGUGAGAGUCUCCUCCAGAGGGUCCAGAGCCUUCCAGGCAACGAGCUGUGCAGCGACUGCAGCCAAGCCGCUCCCUGCUGGGCCUCCAUCAACCUGGGAGUGCUGCUGUGCAUCGAGUGCUCCGGGAUCCACAGGAGUUUAGGCGUCCAUUUCUCUAAAGUGCGCUCACUGACGUUAGACUCAUGGGAGCCUGAGUUACUGAAGCUGAUGUGUGAGUUGGGAAACACUGUGAUCAACAACAUUUAUGAGGGAGCCUGUGAGGAACUAGGAGCUAAAAAACCUGGACCCUCCAGUUCAAGGCAGGAAAAAGAGGCCUGGAUUAAGUCCAAAUACGUCGAGAAACGCUUCUUGAAAAAAAUGAGUGGGGCUGAGGCCAUGGUAGAGGGUGAGAGGAAGUCCCGCCCAUGGACAGUGAAGAAAUGCCAGCGACACAGCAGUUCUGUUCGGGCCCCCAACAAGACCCGCAGGAAAUACCACCGCUACGAACCAGGCAGCGCCUCACCUGCAAACCUCUCCGCAGCAGCUGCAGCAAAGUUUCGGCGAGACUCCCUGUUCUGUCCAGAUGAGCUGGACUCACUGUUUUCUUACUUUGACACUGGAUCUGGUCCUCGCAGUCUGAGCAGCGACAGUGGCUUGGGAGGAAGUACCGAUGGCAGCACGGACAUCCUGGUGUUUGGCUCGGUGGUGGACAGCGUAACGGAGGAAGAUGAAGAGUCAGAGGAAUCCUCUAGCGGUGAGGUUGAGAUCGAACAGGAAGUGUCUUCGGACCCCGAGGACCCCAGAGAGUUACACCCAGGGGCGCUGCUCUACCGAUCCUCCCGCCUUCAUAAUUUGCCUCUCAUGGCAGAGGCGUUAGCCCACGGCGCUGACGUGCACUCCACCAAUGAAGAAGAAGAGGGAAAAACGCCACUUAUUCAGGCUGUGAUUGGGGGCUCUUUGAUAGCUUGUGAGUUCCUGCUGCAGAACGGUGCCGACGUGAACCAGAGGGACAUGAGAGGCAGAGGCCCGCUGCACCAUGCCACCUAUCUGGGGCACACUGGUCAGGUGUGCUUGUUCCUAAAGAGGGGAGCGUCACAGACAGAGGUGGAUGAACAGGGUCACGAUCCUCUCAGCAUUGCAGUCCAGGCUGCCAACGCCGACAUCGUUACCCUGUUGCGUCUGGCACGGAUGAACGAGGAGAUGCGUGAGGCGGAGGGACCGUUGGGCCAGCCAGGUCAAUACCCCAGCAGCAGUCCCACUGAGCAGCAAUACAGGAAGUGCAUUCAGGAGUUUAUCUGCCUCAACAUAGACGAAAGCUAGUGGUCGCCUCUGCAGCUGGGAGAAUGGCUCGUCCUCUGUUUAUAAACCUGAUUCCCCCUUACUGGGCAGCUGCUGAAGUUGCCCCUAGACGCUGAUCUUGAGUGUCGCCUCUAGAUCUCGGCUUACAGGCAACUUCUGAGCAAACGGGGCGUCUUGGUGGAGGAGCGGGGUGUGAAAGUAAGGGCCGGUUUGUCAAAGACCCCUGAUGGAGCUUUUUAACCCUACUGACUGUACAGUCGCCGCCUCCAUUUACCCGCAUCAUCACCGCAUCUUCUGCUUGUUCUUACCACCUGUACUCUUGCUAGCUCCACGACACACACAGUAAAAUCACACCUGCUCUUUCUGGUGUUCUGCUAACAGGGUUACCUAAUAACUCAACACGAUGUGGUGUAACCUCCAGCAUGAGCACUUUUUCUUUUAGGGUUAACGGCUCUUACCUCUGCAGAUUCUUGCUGCAUUAACUCUCUACUCUUCAUAUCUAUUCAGUCCAUCUGUGUGACAUCCAACAUACCCGUCUCUUCUGGACCACAGAUGUAAAUAUACGUAUUUAGAGGACUAGAAAAAAAAACUGUGUACUGUGGCAUGAGGUGAACAAAUGGUAUCUGUUCCAUUAUUAAAAGAAAAAAAGAGUACAUGCCAAGCUACAUUGGAGGUGGCAGGGUAGGUUUACUGUGACAAAAGUUAAAAAAAAAUAGUGAAGAGCUUGAGGGAGGAGUCCCUCGCCUGCUGUGUAAGAUGUGAUGGGAUGAACGAGUGAGUGGGAGAGCAAAUGAGCAUCCAAGAGGUAAAUAAUAGGGUUAGUUACAAGCAACGUGAAAAAAUGGGGGGGGGGGGGGGGG